GCUGAAAUAUACAUUGAUGUGUAGUUUCAGUCGUUUGUCAUAGUUUCACAGUUGCUUCAGACUUGAGCCUAAUUUGUACUACUUUGAAGCGUUCGUUGAUUCUGCUUUGCUAGAGAGCCCCAAUUCCUUGCUUGCUUCGCGAAGACGGCGUAACACUCUCAGAGCUCGUCAUUUUCAUUUAGUUCCCUUCUCUAGCUCCCAGCCUACAUCUCAGGUGUUGUUUAUCUAGGCUCCCUAAAAAGGCACUUUUCAUCGGCGUUAACAGAUACGAGUUAGCACAUCGCCGCCGCAACUUUCGAUUCAUCAAACCGCACAACUUUUAAGAACCUUGUCAGCAUUGACGAACUUUGUGUUGACACUUUUGAACUUCGACCCUUGAUUUUACGCCGAGUCCCUUCUUGUCUGAAUCUUCUAAAGCUUUCUUUCAUCGUCCGACUGAACAGGAACAGGUCAUUUCUUGUCGGUUGGCAUUUAUGUGCUAUGUUUGGGUACUUUUUGGACGUUCCUUACAUCGAGGGAUUUCCCGGUUCAUUGAAUUCCUUAUGCUAUAUACACUAAUAACAACAGCGUUAGGAGAAUCUGGCCUCCGCUCUGAAUGUGGUCGCUGUUUCAUAGUCCCACAAUAGGUGGAGAAUGUGCCAAAGAUAGUGUAGAGUGGUAGCUCUCCAAUCCUCUCUUCGAAGAUACUACAAAUAUAUAUCGCUGUGGCAUUAUGUUCUUAUGAUACUUAAAAUGAACUUCAGCUCUAGGACAGGAAGGAUAUUUCGUCAUCUCGUCCUGGGAUCUCAUCUUCACUGAUUGUAGCUGGUUGAGCAUGAUCCUCCUUAAAUAUUCAUCAGCGGAGUGCUGAAUGCCACUUGGAAGUCAUCUAGGCAAUGAAGAAUAGACGAGUUUUCUCGAGCGUUUGACUUAGUCCAAUUGAGACAAGUGACAUGAUUGGGUUGGGUUGCCGUUGAUGAAGUACAAGCGUGCACUUGCGUUUUCGCCGAGGAUCAGAAAUUGCUUCAGUUCAAUCCUAGCUAACAACGGUCAUCGAUAUUCCGGUCAUUCCGGUUUUGGUUGAUCAGCCCUCGGUGUUCUCCAGUUCUCAUCCCCUACAAACCGUUGUGUUUAUAAAAGUAGACUUCAGAGGCUGAGGCGUAACCGAGAGUCACUACUUACCACUGUCGAAAAUUAGAAACGAGGAAGCUGUCUCUCAAGCGUGUGUGCACGUGUGAGGCGCUCCCUCAGGUGCACCCAGUCAGCCUCCUUCAUGGCGAGUCUGUCGACCAGUAUCUCCUUGACUGACUUUUCCCUGUUACGCUAGCCAAGUCUUCAUAACUGCGCAAGUCCAGCCAGCUAGCAGCCAGCUACAUUCCACCUCUCAGUUGUCUGAUGCGAUUGAACUCUUUUCUGAACCGUCUAUUUUGUCCUCAAAACUUGGCAAGGGUCCUCGUUACUACUCUCUAUCAUGACGAGUUGGGUUGACGAGAAUUAUUGAGUUGGACAUGCACGAUGUAAGCACUUGGUGGCAUCUGGUUUGAGCCCGUAGCGUCUGGAUGAAGUGUAUCUGGUUGAGAGUAUAUCCUUUAACAACAUAACAAAGGUGCGAAGACGAGAAGUUUGAACGUAUGCAGAAGAUGCCUGGUCUUGUGUAGGUGAAGAGAUAAUCCAUGAUGCAGCACAUGGCGACGUAUGCCAGCUCCAACAUCACAACGGAGCUCAUUCAGAAGUACUUGGACGAGAAUAAGCAGUUGAUUCUCGCUAUCCUCGACAACCAAAACCUCGGCAAGCUCAAUGAGUGUGCAACCAGGUAUCAAGCGAAGUUGCAGCAGAAUCUCAUGUAUUUGGCUGCCAUAGCUGAUGCUCAGCCACAAGGCCCAUCUUCGCAGAUGCCAGCACCUGCGCCGGCGCCAACCAUGCAACCAGCUCAGCAGUACAUGCAACAGCAGCAACAACUCCGGAUGAUGAGCCAACAGAACAGUAUGAUCCCUUCCUACCUUCAGCACAGCCAACAAGCAUCGCAGCAGAACUUCUACAGUCAACAAAGCCUGCUCUCCGGGGGAGGGGGCUCAAUACACAUGAUGUCCACGGACCGCGGCAUCGGAGGCAAUGGAUCCCAGGCUUCGCCAGGAUAUUCUGAUGGAGGGCGGGAUCAGAGCCAAAUGGGUUUGGCAAUGCAGGGCGACAUGCAUGGUGGAAACGGGACGGACCUGGGGUGCUCCUCCCCGCUUGGCCACCGAGGAGACGGUGGUAACGGCCACGGCCAGGGGACCGAUGACUCUGAAGCUUCCUACUUGAAGGGAUCUGAUGGGAGCAGUCUGAAUUAAACUCCCAAAAAUGGCUACCAGUUUCCAAUGCUCUUUAAAGCUUCCGAAGAUUUGGACGUACUUGUAUUGGAUUUAUGUAGGAGCAGCUCGACAGUGUGGAGGUUCUGACUGCUUCCUUGAGAGUCAAGUUGAUAGAAAUCGAAGCAGAUCAACCAAGGGAGGUUUGUUGAGAAGGCGUACUAGACAAAGAAGUGCCACACCCUAGUGCUUCACAAUUUUGUGCAGUCUGGUUUAUGGGAUCUCUGCAUGCUCAGGACAAAGAUAUUUCUGUCAAGGUCCUGCUCCCAACAGACUGAGGAGCAAGAUCUUGCAGUAUAGUGUAAAUCGCCAACGUAGUGUACAACGAUCUCUGAGUGCAGGUGCUUGAAUGACGACCCCUCUGUAAGUACUAGCUGCAACUCGGUUAGCAACGAAUUCGAAAAAAAUUUGAUUCAUUAUCUGAAUGACGACCCUUCUGUAACUACCAGCUGCAGCUCGGUUAGCAUCGAAUGCCAAGACUCUGAUUCAUCA